GAUCAUAAAGAUUUUGCUUAGCACAUACCAUACUUGUAUAUUUAUGCUUCAAGAUGUAUCUCUAGCCUGCUCUUUGCUGUGCUGGUGAUGUGUAUUUGGUAUGCGAUGAGAUCAAGCCCUUAUGUUGAAGGUGGUCGAUAGUCUGUUUAUAAUACACACACUAUACUUAGCAUUUCUUUUUUUAAAGGAAAUAGGUGAUGCUGGGUUGUCCUUUGGUGUAAGACUCGUUCGGGAUUUUAGCAAAGGGAUCAAUCUUCUAAUACUUUUAACAUGCAAAACCUUUCUCUUCCAGUAUGUAUAGGAUAGUAUGCAGUUGUGUGCGUAAAGACAUUAUAUGUGGUCGUAGCCUUGAAGAUUUUUAAUAUAGACUCCGAAGUGCAUUACACUGUGUCUGAAGUCAACAGAAUCAGCAAUUUUAAGGUGGUGAUCAUUUAUGAAGCAAGUCUUAGAUCAUGAAAAUUGGAUUACCCCUUAAAGCUGGAAUGAAUUAACUAUAUCAAACACCAGUUUACGCGAACUAAAUAUUCUUUUUUUUAGGCCUAUGAUUUUUUAGGGCAUUACAGUCUUCAUUGAGCAUCAGAUUCUGUAUCAGAAUAUCACAAUUACUUUUAACAUUAUUUAGUGUAUAUUUAAUGAUAAUGCUUAAUAUUCACAGAAAAUGCACCUACUUUUUCCCAAUAUUGUCGUUUUUUAUCAGAUUAUUAGAUGAGAUACCUUUUUUAUACGAUAUAUCCUCUGGAGGUCUUGCGCUGAGGUUCCUUCUAUUUGAUUGUUAUGGAGAGUCUCGUGUCUGUGGAUGAAAAAUGUACGAUGUGGAACAAAUUCUGCCAGGAAAAGGUCAAAGUGAAAAUGACGAGUCAUGCAACAAGGAGUCUAUCAAUUCUAGUCUCUUCGUAGUAAGCAUGCGCCAGAGCCCCCUCUGAGGUACAGGGAGGCCUUCCAUUUCUUGGUGUCUAGUAUAGAUACCAUGACAUCUGAGAAGAACCUUCCAUGAAUGAUUUUUUCCCCUUCUGCAACAGAUUCGUUUUUUCUUUGCCAAUUUGUAUGGUUAGAGAGAUACGCUGUUAUGGACUCAAGGGGGUCAGUGUGGGAGCUUCGUAUACACCUCAAUCUUCUAUUCAGCCUUCCCAGUGGUACCUACCAACGCCACAUGAGAGCUUUUUAUGGGGUACCCAGUCUGCUUCUCUUCACAUAGCACUGUCUGGAACCUCGUGAAAGUAAGCUCUCUGCACACAUUGGGCGUUAAUGGGGUGCAGAGUUCGAGGGCUUGUUGGAGGGGUUUUCUCGAGCGACUCAGCACUGCAGCUCGCCCCAGCAUGCUCGGAGGCAAAGAUCUCGCUUAAAAGGGCUGGUGAGUAGAACGACUAUAGUUCCUCGCAUCAUUGCAAUCAGUCGCGUGACGCCAUCCAUAGUCUAAGGGCGUGAAGCCAAUGCAUUACUAUUUUUUCCCCUUGAUCAGAGGGGGUACCAGUUCUACGCAAUAAGUGCUUCGCAUGUAUCACCCCUUUUCUCAAGAGGAUAGGAACCUCACUUCUCACCGUCGAGGAACGAUGCGUGAAUACAUUGAAGGAAAUUCGGGUUUGAGAGAGAGGUUUGCAAUACUCCGAGGAAGCCGAACCUCACGGGACUCCGAUAAGAGACCUGAAAAAGACUGUCGUCCGUUUUGCAGAGUGGAGAGGGUGGAUGGUUCACCACGAAAAGCAAAUUUUGGGCUUCAAACGCUUUUCCAACCUUUUCGUGAGAAAAACAAGUUCUAA